AGACACUGGGCAGACGCGUGAAAGUGAGGAAGAGAUAAUUUUUUUUUUGAAAAAUACACGCUGAAAGGAAGAGAAAAAUUGAGGACCAGAGAAACGGAAAACCCUAAACUCGGCGGCAGAAUGACGACCGGUUGACCACCGCCACCGGUGAGGAGGAGCCGAAGAGGAACGAAGCCACGAAGCGAGUGCGACGGAGUCGGGAGACGAAGCGACGCCGCCACCCGCACCGCCCACGUCCAGUCCCCGUCGCCGACCUCUCGAGACGCCCAGUCACUUCAGUCAGUCGGUUCAGGAAACUAGUCUUGUUGUUGUGGUUUAUCACACAUGUUUCCUCACAUAUGACAUAUCUACUGUAUUAAACUAAACGAAGAGGAGCCAUUAGACAAGCCCAUCAAGUAUCAAGUGUUCGACGAAAUUCCCCGACGAGGAAAACCUGUAAAAAUUAGAGAUGGGUAAACAGGGUAAGAGGACAGAGAAUAGCGUGAGUCGCACAUCUUCAUCGGGGUUUCACACAUCUCUUUCUCUUCGGGAAGAAGCUAGUGGAAAGAAACAAUUUCACAGUGCCAAAUCAAUUUUCAAACACAAACACUUCCAGAACUUGGCGCAGUGGGCUGCUGGUGUUUCGCAAGGGGAGGAUGAUGAUGAACCUUCAGCUUGUUGUUUAGGUGCAUUUUUCGGUCGUCGUUUCGCUGAAUUUGGGGAGUCUUUAGGAAUUUCGCCUGAUCCUUCUCUCUUUCCUUGUCAAAGGUGUGAAACUAUUCUCGAACCUGGUGUCAACUGCACUAUUCGAAUAGAGAAAAAUCGAGCCAAAAGUCGAAGGCACAGCAGAAGUAAGUCACCCACGCAGAAUAACGUUGUUUACAAGUGCCACUUCUGUUUGCACCGCAAUCUAAAGCGAGGAACCCCUAAAGGAUAUAUGAAAGAUUUAUUCCCGUCUAGGGCCAGCUCUUCGAAGUCUAAACUUGUAACCUCUGCAGCAAAAAAAUGUCCAACAACAGCAAAAACUAAUAUUAGUGAUGUCAAAUCUGAUGUGGCCAAUGAAGCAUCUUCACCAGCAAUAAGCAAUGUUUGUUCUACUCUUACAGACAGUCCAAACAGUUCAUUAGCCAACAGUGGUGCAAAAUUAUUGGAUGGUAAGAGGAGGAAAAGGAAAAAAACAGGGCUGAAGGGAUCCGCGGAUGAGACUGUGGCUAGCUCAGCCCCAGCAGAGAUGGAAAAAGCCAGUGGCACUGGGAAGCGGAGGAGAAAGUCGUGGACUACUCUGAAAGAUAUCGCAGACAAUGAAGAGCAUAACAGGAAUCAGAGGUUUGCUAACUUUUCAAUUCCAUUUGUCUUGUAAUUGUAUUUAGUAACUUAGUUUUACAGUGAGCUCGUAUAAGCUGAGUAGAUUCAACCAGUCUCUUAUUAGACUAUUUUUUAUCGAUUUCUUUUGUAAUUUUUUGUUUGUUUGUUUGUUUGUUUAACUAGUAGUAGAUUGGCCUGUCGUCUGGUUCAGACCAUCUAGAUUCUAGAAUUUGCGGAGCAAAUUUAAUGCUGCUUCAAACGUUGAGACUAUUGUAAUUAGUUAAGUGCAUCAGAAUAUCUGAAAAUAUUUGCAUUUGA